UGACAGGCGAUGGUGAGAAUGGACCGACACAUUCCGUACGAAAAACGAAUGGCCCGAGUCGAAGAUGUCAUACAAGAGUUGUCGUUAAGUAAAUGUCAAAACACUAUCAUUGGUGUGGCUGGCAGAAUAAAAGGUUUAUCCGGUGGUGAGAUGAAACGUUUGUCGUUUGCUUCCGAGGUGUUGACAGACCCUCCAUUGAUGUUUUGCGACGAACCGACUUCGGGACUGGACUCGUACAUGGCGCAAAACGUGAUAAGUGUGCUAAAGUCGAUGGCGUCUAAAGGCAAGACAAUCAUUUGCACAAUUCACCAGCCGUCAUCYGAAGUUUACUCCAUGUUCGACAAGAUACUAUUGCUGGCCAGCGGCCGAACGGCUUUCCUGGGCACUCCCAACGAUGCCAUCGAGUUUUUCAAAACGCUCGGCGUCAGCUGCCCGAAAAACCACAACCCGGCGGACUUUUUCAUUCAACUGUUGGCCAUCGUCCCGUCYCAAGAGGUGUGCUCAUACGAAACUAUUGAYACAGUUUGCGAGGCUUAYGAGAGCUCAAGCUACAAGAGCGACAUGAUGGAACACCAAAAACAGUUGUCUAUYGCCAGCAAAGUAAGUUACUUCGUAUCGUGCGCCAGUGGUUCCAUAUCGGUUGCACUUUCUGUGGGGCCCACGAUCGUCAUACCUUUCUUGCUGUUUGGAGGUUACUUUUUGAACGUUGGAUCAAUACCGAUCUAUUUCCGGUGGCUGAGCGUCUUCUCGUGGUUCAAGUAUGCCAACGAAGGGUUGCAAAUCAAUCAGUGGACAGAYAUCGACAGCAUCCAGUGCAACAGAAUGAAYACGACUUGUCCCCGUUCUGGUCACGCUGUCUUGGAGUCAAAUAGUUUUCUAGAGUCAAACCUCCCCAUGGACAUAGUUUCAUUAUUUUUGUUAAUCAUAGUCUUUCGGUUCAUGGCGUACUUGUCACUCCUAGCCAGAACGACAAGAAAAUAACACAAACGCAGUAAUAUUUUGAACGAUCCUAAAAAUGCAUCACUGCURCAACAUACAUAUUAAGUGUAAACCAACACUACAGGCUAUACACUAMUUUGAAUUUAGAGAAAAAAUAAAAUUAUAUACAUUAAUAUAUAAUAUACAGAAUAAGAUCGCUUAAGGUUGUACAUAUAUUAUUCUACAUAAGAUCUAAGAUAGAAAACAAUGUAAUAUAAUUUAAAUAUAUUUUAAACGAAUAACUGCAUAGUUAGCUGCCCAGCCAUUACCGUGCAUUCAUCCAUCAAAGACAUCCCUAAAACGUCAUUUGCAUAAUAUAUAAAUUGGUACUUAUAAAAUUUAAUUUUUUUUUAAUAUUUUACUAUUUAUAUUUAAGUAGCAGAGUACUUUUGAGYGCCAUAGCCAAAUUGAAUGGCUAUUACAACUCAAAAYCUCAUGUUUUUCUUAUUAGAUAAAUAGGUACACAUAAACACAUUGAUAUACCAAAAUAUAUAUUAUUUAUUUACUUUAAUUUUGUAUAUUUAAGCUCUCUCCCAAUUGAAAUAAAACCCGAAAUGCGGUACUGGUGAUUGGUGUACUAAAAUAGAGUUGGUUGUAUGGUAUUCAAUCCGACUUUAAUGCUCCUGAUUAUUUUAAGAGUAUACAUUUUAUGUUUGUUUAAUGAUUUUAUUAUUAUUAUUAUUAUU